GACUUGACGUAUGUGUAAUACCUGUAGUUGUUUUGUUUUUAAAUUUUGUUGUUUGUAAAAUAUAUCGAUGGUUUUAUCUAUAAAUUAUUUAAUUUGCUAUAUUAUACAUACGAAGUAGAUAUCUUCACAUAAGAAGAAAUGGAAUCUUUAGAAAUAAAUACAGCCAAAUUAGUAUUAGGAUAUUUAAGGGUCCAAAAAUGUAAAACGGCUUACAAGGAGUUUCUGAAAACAUCUUCAAAGUUGAGAAACUUAGAUUAUGCAGGGACUAAAUAUAUGCCUACGAGAUUUCUGGGACUAUCACUGGAGGAAAUAGUAGCUGAAUAUUUUGAAAUAUCCCAAAUUAUUCAAGGAAGAUUGGAAGCUACCAAUUAUUAUAAUGAACAUCAUUCAAAAUCACUACUCUCUGGACAACUUAUGUACUUAUUGACCAAAGUUCCAUCAAGUAGAUCUUCCACACCUAGCAUCAGCUACCAGGGUUCCCAAGUAGAUUGCAUGAGUCCUACUUAUAUUAAUGUAGAAGCUACCCCAGUGGAGACACUUCCUGGAAAUACUGAAAAUGAUCAUACUUUCGUACAAUCACCUAUAAGGAAGAAAGUUGUAAAUGGAAGCAGUAGAAGUUCUUCCGAAGAUUCACCAAAUGCCCAAAGGGCCGUUGAUAUAAUUGAUACAGCAGCGCUGGCACAGAACCUAAUGGAAAAUACUCAGUUCCAAGAGAAAAUAGCACAGACAAUUAAUAAAGUAGUGGAAAAACAAAAGAAAACAAAUGAAGCUGAUGAACUGAACCAGACUAUUAAAUCAGCAGUUGAAGUUGCUGAAGCAGAUCCCCUCUUUGAUGAGCUUUUGCAAGAGAUACUAGAUACAACUAAUAGUGUAGGCAACAACCAUAAAGUGUCCGAACCAACUAAUUCUGGAAUCAGCACGAAAAAGAAAGACGCAACUGAUACUAGCACAAACACAAAAGUAGUACAAGAAGGAGUUUCAGAUAAACAACCAAUCUUAGCACCUAACAAUCCUCUCACAAACAUACCAGAUAACCCACAAAUGCCGAUCGUUACAUACGAUAAUCCCUUAGACAGUUACAUUAUUACAAACAAGACAAGUGUGGCUUCAGUAACAUCCUGUGUGACCAAUCCUAUGUAUAUAAAUACUCUCCCUCCCUUGAUUAUACCUGCAAUUACACCAACCAUCAGGAUCAUUAAUAAUCCCCCUAUACCAUCAAGUUUAACGGAACCGGAUAUCAUGAAAAUGCCAAUUAUAAUAUCAGAUGACAAACCCGAACCUAAAAAAGGACGAGGUAGAAAAAAAGCUAAAGUUUUAUUACCAAAACAAAAGCCGAACGAAGUUAUCGUAGAUUCAUCCAUUCAAGAUUUUUUCAAAAAUUAUAAUCCUGGGGAUCCUAGAAUACUCCAAACAGUAGUUCCGACAAACUUACCCACUACUCAUUUAAAUAACCCUACAGUUAGAACUGGCUUAAAACGAGUAAUGUAUCCUACAACUUCGAAAAAAUCUUCAAAAGAUGCCGUUGAAACUCCAAAAGAAAAUAUAGAUAACACACAGAAGGCUAAUGUAGAUCAAACAAACAAUAACGCUGAGAAAGGUUCCGAUGAUGUAAUUGAAGUAGUAGAUUCAACUGAAAAAAUAAAUACUCCGGCUCCUCGAGAACCUUUGAAAAAGUCAACUCCAAAAAGUACAUCUCACGUGCGUAAUUUGGAUUUUUCUUCACCCCCUAAAACAAAUAAGCAAAGAAAGUCAAGUUCUUCUUCGAAAUCCAUGCCAAGCCAGAAGACUGAGGCGACCAAAGAUGUCUUAAAAAAAACAGAAACGACCCAGAAGAAUCAGGUGGCAAAAGAUCUUUUUCAAACAACAGGAACAGCCCAGAAGAAGAAAACACUCAAAGAUCUUCCUAAAACAACAGAAACAGAAAUUAAAACGUGGGAUUCUGAUUUAAGAGCUACAGUACCUGAAAAACUAGAUAAAUGUCCAAAUAGACGUAAAUGUGGACGUAAGAAAAAAGUGGUAAAAAAUGCAAAACUUAAUUCCACAACCGAACAAGAAGCGAUGCAAUUAGAAGAAGCUAUUAAAACUCCAGUAAAAAAAACGGAGGACACUGAAUUAUCAAAAGAAAAUAAUGAAAAUGAAUUAGACACAUCGAAUUUACCCGAGAAUCAAAAUAUUUUGAAUACUCAGGUUAAAACAAUCUUAUCACCUUCAAAACUUCAUAAUGCCACUAAAAAUAUCUUGGAAACUAGUAAAACAGAUGUUACAAAAUUUAUUACACCAGAAAAUAACAAACCGAAUACUCCUUGGCCGAUUAAAGCAAAUAGGAAUAUAAUGCCUAUGUUAGAGACACCUGUAAAAGUAUGUUUACCAACAACUCCGGGAGUAUCAACUCCUUUAGAUAUAAAUUUCAGUGUUAUGAGUAGUGCUACUCCUUUUACUAAAAUGCUUGAAGCUAAUCUUGACAUGAACGGACUUGAUAUCGGAUCAAUACCAACACCUUUGCCUAUAACACCUAGUUUUCCAGCUUUCACUCCAACAAUGGAUUUAUGUUCGCCUUAUUCAAACAGACCCACCGAUUAUUCCACAGGCAGUUCGUACUACCAACCUUCCGAUAAUGAACAAAAUAAAAAUCUAGAAGCUCAUUUGAGAGAAAUGGAAAAAGCAUCUACACAAGAGGCAUCUAAGCCUUACGACCAUUUACAAAUGUUUAAUAAAAAUGUAAUUGGUAAGAAAAAUCUUAAUUUAAUGAAAAAGAAUUUCGAGUCAGAUUCAUCUGAGAAUGGUAGUGAUACUGAAGAUGAAGCAGAAAAAGCUUCUUUAUCUGAAUCUGACUGUGAUGAUACAGUUAUAUUCAAAAAGGCCGUUAUUGUUGUAAGUCCUACAAAAAGAUAUUCUUUAAGAAGUAGAGCUCUAGCGGACAAAUCAAUCUCUCCGAAGAAAACUGCUGUCAGUACAAAAACUGUUAAAACACCAGCGAAAAAGGAAAACAAAAAGAACACUUCCAAAGGAAAAAAACUUGCAAACACUAGUCAAGAUUUAGAAAUAGGAACAAAGGCUGACGACGUCAAAACUGUAUUAAAGGAGUUAAAACCAACUACUGCCGUUAUGAAAGGAAUAACAACAUCGCAGUCGUCAGUUUUGGAAGAUUUAGCGAAGAAACGUCAGCGAGUAGCAGACUCUUUAAAACCAAAACCUGUACUUCCAAAAAUUAAAAAACAACCAGCCGGUAAAUUUAAAAUAAAACCGAUAGCUAAAGUAUAUACGUCCAAGAUGCAGCGAAAAAGUGAAUCUCCUAGAAAAAGAAAAAAAAUGAAGGGGCUGCGCACAGUUUUAAGUGAUUUAAGGACCAGUGAUGAUUCCGACAUUAAUUUAGAGCUAUCGUCAAGCGACGACGAAAAGGAGGCACCGAAAGAAAAUAAAAAGUUAAGUAUUGAUAAGGCUGAUCACACAGCAUCAGAUGUGGAAGCACAGAAUUUGAUUGAAGGCUUAAAAGAACGAGGCAUCCAUCUAAUGCAAAACAAGAGUCCCAAAAAGAAAAAUGGGGAAGACAAAGACUUCGUUAAUACCAGUGCAGCUCAUUUAGAGACAAUAGAUAGAGAUUCAUUUGAUAUGAAUAAGUCGGAACGUUUUACUGUCAUAAACAUGGUCCACGACGAAAAUUAUAAACCAAAAAGUAGUCAAAUUAUACUACAGAAUGAUCACAAAGUCGAGUAUAUAGGACAGCUCUAUUUGGAAUCUAUAGGAGCUGAGGUUAUUAUCCAUCUAAAACAAACUGAACUGUGUACAUUAGUUGAUAUGGAUCCUAAAAUAAUUUCGAACAAUACUACUAAACAUGACAUAGACAGCGGGAAUAAAUCAGAAUCGAAUAUUCCUGUCGAUAAAGAACAAACGAUUGCCGACAAAGUAUUAGCAAAAAGUACAGUCGAUAAAAAUACAAAUAUCGAAGGGAAUUCAAAAACUGUCAUAGAUCCUAUUACAGUUUGUGAAACCGUACUAACAGAGAAUCCUCAUUCGUAAGACCAAAGGAGAAGGUGAUUAAAGAACAGAUAAAUAAGAAGGAAUUAAAUACAAGGAACUCGACAGAAACGAAAGAAACUGAUGUAGAUAGUAAAAAAAUCGAAGAGAAAGUAACAAACCAAGGAUCUGGUUCCAAUCAAAAAGUGAUAUUGAUAGAAAAGAAAGAUGACAAGAAAAAUGAUGAAAUAGCAGAUAGUAGUAAAACGAUAUCUAAGAAUCUUGAAAAGCCGCAAACACAUCUAGCUGAAGGGAAAUCUAAUACGCAAAAAAAUACUAUAGAUGAAAUUAGCGAAUUUAUCGAAAUGAGUAAAAACAAUAAACAAUCUAUAGAAAAAUGUAUACAUGAAUCUAAUUCCGAUACACUCAAAAUACAAGAAAAUGAAAAAAAAACGAAAAAGAUAUUUUGAGGAUCCUGAUGAAGUUGUGAAAGAAAUCAUUUUAAAGAAACGCUGUAGUAUAGACAUUAAAGAAACUGUCGAAGCUGUGAACAGUAUAUUAUUAAAACCGAACCUAGACGAACAGGUAACUGAAUCCCAAGAAACGGAACAAUCAGUUGAAGUAGUCUAUGAAAAGAACGUGAAGGUCGGAAAGAGGUCCGAGGAUACUGCGGAACUUAUAGAUAGCACAAACAUAAAACAGAACUCCAAAGAAAAGGGAACUGACAACUUUGAUGUCACAGAAAGUAAAAAAACAACAGAGAAAAUUCAACCAGAUAAGCAAUCACUUAGAACGAACCCAGAUACAGAAAUAGAGUCUGAGAAAACUAGUGAAAUUGUUGAUAAUAUAACCAAACGGAAAGCGGAAGAUAAAUUGGUGAAUAAGGCAAAACAUCCAAAGCGGUUAAUACAACAAAAAUUAGAUUUACCAAAACUGACAAAAAGCAAACAUGAAGAGGACUUAAAAGUUAAAAUAAACCUCGACAAUAUAGAUAUUGAAAUUAAGUCUAAAGUGCAAGAUAAAUCAGGAAGUCCUAGAAAUGUUUCAAAUAGAAAAGAUUCGACGUGUAGUACAAGUUUUAAUGACGAUCUUAUGAAUUUUGCUGCCACGGAAAGGAUAGUGAUGAAACCACAAUUUCUGAAAGUACUUUAAAGAAAAGGAAGUUAUUACAUGAAGACUUGACAGAAAAUCCACAUGAAACAUUGCAAAGGGUUGACAUAGAAUAUUUUUUAAAUAAAAUUCACAAAACAUAAGAGAAAAAAAAACGGAUGGAAUUCGUAUAUUGUACAGUAUUUGAAGAAUGUAGUUUUAUUUCUAAGUGAUUUAUAAGUUUUUACAAAUCGUACAAUGUUAAAAAUUGUUUUAUAUAAUGUAAAUUCAUUUUAUUUAAAUGUAAAAUUAAGUUUGUUUUUUAAUAAAAAUACCGUAUAGGC